GAGGUCUACCAGCCGAUAAUCAUCAGCAGUACGGGUCAACAUGCGUUCCUUUGCUCUCCUCGCCGGCCUCCUCGCCACCGCCUCGGCUCUUCCCGCGCUUGAGCCGCGGCAGUCUGGCAACCCCUUCUCUGGCCACACCCUGCUCGUCAACCCAAACUACAGCGAGUCGCUCGAGCAAACUCGCGAGGCCUUGGUGUCGGCUGGAGACCAGACUAGUGCCGACAAGGUGAAGUUCGUUCAGGAGAAGGUCGGCACCUUCGUCUGGAUCUCCAACAUUGCCCUCCUGACCGAUAUCGACGACGCCAUUGCCAAUGCCCGUGCCGCGAAGGAGAAGGGCGAGAACCCCAUUGUCGGUCUUGUUCUAUACAACAUCCCCGACCGUGACUGCAGUGCCGGCCACUCUUCCGGUGAGCUAAGCUUGGCCGACGGUGGUCUCGCUCGGUACCGCACCGAGUACGUGCAGCCGUUUGCGCAGAAGCUCAAGGCAGCGUCGGAUCUCCAGUUCGCCGUCGUUCUCGAGCCCGAUGCCAUGGGCAACAUGGUCACUGGCGAAACCGAGUUCUGCCAAAACGCCCGUGAGCCCCAACAGGACGGUAUUGCCUACGCCAUCCAGCAGCUCCAGGCCAGCAACGUCCACCUCUACCUUGAUGUGGCCAACGGCGGUUGGCUUGGCUGGCCGGAAAACCUCGAACUGACCGCCGACGUGGUCGCCACCAUUCUCCAAAAGGCCGGCAGCAGCAACCGCAUCCGGGGCUACGCGAGCAACGUCUCCAACUACAACCCCUACAAGACGGACAACCCGCCGGCCUACACCGAGGGCAGCCCGUCGCCGGACGAGUCCCGGUACGCUGACAACCUCGCGGCGGCCUUCGGCGAGCGCGGCCUCCCGACGCAGUUCAUCAUCGACCAGGGCCGCGUGGCGCUCGACGGCGCGCGCGAGGAGUGGGGCGAGUGGUGCAACGUCUUCCCCUCGGGCUUCGGCCAGCCCUUCACCACCGAGACCGGCAACGCCAACGUCGACGCCGUCGUCUGGAUCAAGCCCGGCGGCGAGUCCGACGGCGAGUGCGGCAUGGCCGGCGCCCCGCGCGCCGGCGCCUGGUUCGACGAGUUCGCCCAGAUGCUCGCCAAGAACGCGCACCCGGACAUCAGCACCGGCGGCAACAACGGCGGCGGCGGCAACCCGAACCCGGGCGGUGACUGCGCGGCGAAGUGGUCGCAGUGUGGAGGGCAGGGGUGGACCGGUGCGACCUGCUGCUCCGAGGGCACUUGCCAGGCGUCCAACCAGUGGUACUCGCAGUGCGUGUAAGGCAGUGGGAGAGUCAGAACAGCAUUUUGUAUUUCGAUAUCCACAAGAGUAACCUCUCG